UCUCACCUUAAAGCCAUUCAUGGUCUUAAAGUAGUUUUGUAAAAGUUUACAAAAACAGGACUUUUUCCCCACAGUGAUGAAGGAGAUCCUGUCAGAGUUUGGUCUACAUGUCACCAGACACAGCUUCACUCCCACAAAGGUUCCCAAUGUGCGCUAUGAGCUGAGCGAGUCUGAUCCGUUCAACCAGUCCAGGAACACAGCAGCUAAUGCACAGGCGUUUGUCCACAGAGACUUCAGUGCAAUUCGAGAUCAGGCCAUGAAAACGAUCCAGACAGCCUUUACUCUGCUGGACCAGGAGUUCCAGAAACUGGAUCGAGAAAAGUCAGAGUUUUCUCAAGCUGCUGCUGCUCUGCAAAGAGAGAAAGAAGCUCAUGAAGCCUGUAGACAACAGCAGCAACAGGAACUGCGGGAGAUGCUGGACAGACAUCGCUCUCAAAAUGAGGCGUGGCUGCGAGCGAGAGCGGAGGAGAACGACCAAGAGAGGAAGGAGCUCUGCAGACUCCGAGUCAGUAAACACACACAAACAACAAUUCACACUUUUUACCAUUCCUUGCUGUAAACAAAGGUCCUUAGGAAGAUUUCAUAAGUGGAGUAACCUGCCCACCACAUCCCCCGGACAAC